AUGAUGAUCAAAUAUUUUUUUAAGUAUAUCUCAAAAGGAACAGAUCGUGUCAGAUAUAUCAUUCAAAAGGAUGUAGGUGUCAAUGAUGUUGGACCAAGCAACACUGUAAACGAACAACUGGAUGUCAUAUGUCAAGAAAAGCAGCGCAUCGAUGAGAUAAAAAUGCAUUUGGAUGGUAGAUAUAUUUGUCCACAUGAAGCAGCAUGGCGAAUAUUUGAUUUCCCUAUACAUCACCGAAAUCCAAUGGUCCAAGUACUCUUAGUUCAUGAAGAAAAUAGUCAGUCAAUUCUCUUCAAGGAAGACACAACAAUAAUACAAGUUCUCCGUAAUCCAGCUGCUACUAGGACAACCCUAUUAGCAUGGUUUGAAAGCAACGCAAAAGACCCGACAGGUCAUGAGCACACAUAUAUUGAGUAUCCAAAAUACUAG